AUGCCAAAAAGCAGAAGGAGCUCGGAUAAUGAAGAAAUACAAAUGUCAAUUCCUAAGACUACUCAUUCCGUGAAUGAGAAAUCGCUCACUAAUGGAACUGAACAAUCAACGUUGCAUAAUUACGAAAAGAGGAGAAGAUCAGAAAGCCAUCUUCACGCAAACCAUGGCGCAAUAGCUACGAUUGAACGGCAAACAUCAAAAGCACUAGCUCAAGUUCCACUGCCAACACCAACUUCCACGGAACGAAAUUUCGCUAAUUCUUUCUAUUGGUUGUCACAUCUACACAGGAAAGUCGGCCUUAGUCACAUUAUUCUUUUACUUGUGCUUGCUGCCUACACAUUUCUUGGUGCUGUAGUUUUCUACUAUUUGGAAACGCCUUAUGAGCGGACGUUAAUUGCUGAAAGGAAGGUGAAGCUAAACAAUAGGCUGGAACAACUUGCGGAUCACAUUGACACAUUGUCGGAAAAUGAGACUGUAGAAGAGCUGGCGGAACAAAUUAAGGCAGCAUACGUUGAGAUGCUCGAUGUGGAAGGAACGUACAAAUGGUCCAUUUUCUACAGAUCUUCUGAUCCAGAGAACAACUAUAAAUGGACUUAUGCAAGCAGCUUCUUCUUUGCUAUGAAUGUCUACACUACCACUGGUUAUGGUUCGAUAGCACCUGAAACUUUAGCCGGACAAUGGUUUGUCAUCAUAUACGGCUUCAUCUUCGUACCGGUCACACUGGUUGUGGUUCGUGAUCUAGGACAAUGGCUCCUGCUUGCUAUUACAAAGCUCUAUGCCAAAGUACUUCUCAGAUACAGAAGAUGGCGAGGACAGAAUUCGGAGAAGAAAAAUGAGAUCAUUCAUCUGCCCAUAAUCAUCAGUGUUCUCAUAAUGAUAGCUGCCAUUCUUGCCUGUGCAGAAUUUGUCUACUAUCUUGACGCAUUCUCUGGUCCACCUGGCACUGGUAUGGACUGGUUCCAUACGCUCUACUUCUCCUAUAUGUCUUUCACAACUAUUGGUUUGGGUGAUGUGAUGCCAAACAAUGCUACGUUUGCACCUAUUGUUUCAAUCCUUUUCUUCCUUGGUCUACCCAUCUUGAAGGUCGUGAACAGAAUGACAUAUCUCACAGUGGAAAAUGGCUCAUUUGGAAUACUCACUGUCAUCGAAAAUCGCCUCGACAAUUAUUGGUCUAACGAUCGUCUUCCUGCACAAGGCGGGGUUGAGAGCGGGACAACCGGCGAAACUGAUAAAGAUCACGAAAACAAAGAUGAGAUCCAUCCUGAUUGGGUGAAUAAUAUUACUAUUCACUCAAUUGCUACCUUCAUGAGAUCAAAUAGCGAUGUCUAUGGAGGAGGAUUUGGAAAAGUGAAUCUCCGUGCUGCCGAUGUAUUGCCACAAGAUUCGCAGGACACCGUUCGAUCAAGGAAAUCAAAUCGUUAA